AGACAGAUCAGGGGUCUGGCUAGUAUACGUAGCUAGGUAGGUAGCUACUAACUGGUCUUGGAAUGGCUGCAGAAAGGAUUAUUUCAGCAGUUUCAGACUAUCCAGAAUUAUAUAACUCAACUUUGACUUCAUAUAGAGACCCGGUAAAAAAAUCUGAUGCAUGGAAGGCUGUGGGUAAACAAUUGGGACUUAAAGAGGAAGAUGCCCGAAAGAAAUGGAGGAAUCUGAGGGAUGUUUUCACAAGGAAAGUGAAAGCAGAUAGGAUCCGUGGUGCCAAAGGGAAGGUCCUAAAAAAAUGGAGAUAUAGUGAGCUAAUGGCGUUUCUGAUCCCAUUCAUACAGCAAGGCAGAGGCACGGGAGGCAACAACAGCACGGAGGAGUUUGAUGAUGUAAAAGACGAGACAACUAGCAAUUCUGACGCACUGAUUGAUCUUGAUGGAAGUGUGAUUGACACCAAGAUGUCACCACCUUUGGACAACAACUUGAACGAGAUGACGUGGAAAGAUUCAUGGCAAACCGCUGGAGAGGGAGACAAUGAGGAUGAGAUGUUUUUCAUGAGUCUACUUCCUCACCUGAAGAGGUUGCCUUACAAGAAGAAAUGUGCAAUCAAGCUGAAAUUUCACCAACUCAUUCAUGAUGCUGAAUUUGAGGAUGCAGACUAGUCUAUGUUCUGUUGAUCACUUUUUUUGUAUCAAGGAUUUGUGACUCUUAUGACAGAAAAUGUUGUAAAUAAAUUUUUCAUACAUUUUUAAAGUUACCAUAUGUUUCCAAGACUGCUUUAAAAGCUGACCCCAAACUUGCAAAGUCCUGAGUUUGAACCCCUUGGAGUUAUUUCAGUGUUUGAGUGAUGAACAGGAAGGAGAUUUAUUUAAUAAAUGUGACCUGUAUAAACACCCAUCAUUUUUUCUUAAAGCCUAAUGUUUGUGGAGGGCUGCUGUAAAAUACCAUUAAUACUUAAUUUAUACUAACAAAUACAUGGAGAUUGUUCAGAACAUUAAAAUGUUUGUAACUUUGAGUUUUAUUCAUUAAAAAUAUUGAAUGCAUAUUAACUUGUAUACUUGUAGGCAUAUAGUUAAUGUGGUUCAUGGUCUAAGUUGCAGCUGACAUUUUCUGUAAAUAAUCAUAGAACAUGCAUUUCUCAUUUGACUUUCAAUUGGUUUGUCUUUCCUUUUUGAAUGUGAUUUCUUUCUGCUUUAUAGAUCUUUUUUGUGCAGUCUAAUAAAAGUUGUGGUUAUAUGCUGCCCCAUCC